UGGUACCGAUAUCCCCGCGACAUCACCCCUGGAAUUGCUUGGUAUCGGGUCUACCAAAGCGCGAGGGCGAGCUGUAUAGCUUCAAUUGAUCUGUAUAUAACAAGAUGUAUAUUGGAUUGUUUGAUAAUUUUGUCAUCUUCAACCGAACAACACUUCCCACUUCAUUGCACCUCAGCUCAAACAAGUAAACAAACAACCAAUCCUCCAAUCACCCAAUCACCCAAAAUGACCAAAUCUCCAUCCGACGUCAAGAUUCUGGCUACAGGACUCACCGUCACAUCAGAGGUCGACCCCUACUUCCGCAAACUCUACGGCACACCCGACCAAAUCAAAGCCAAGAUCGACGCUGACAUUGAAAACAUCCGCGCCGCCGGCUUCCACGUCGAACUGAAAUACGUGAGCGACGCCAGCCCUCAAGCCAUGACCGAAUCUGUAGAAUGGCUACGAAACCGACUCCGAACCGAGAAAUUCGACGGCGUGAUGAUCGGAACGGGUCUCAGACUUGUCCCGGAACAGACGGCGCUGUGGGAAGAGGUGGUCAAUGUUUUCAUCCAGGAAUCGCCAAAGUCAGUCUUCAUGUUCAACGAUGGACCUGGGAGGAACUACUGGGCGUUGCAGAGGAACAAGGAGCGAUUGGGUAUUACGACGGAAUAUUGA